AUGGUACAAUACACGAAUGAAGAAUACUACGAUAUGCUGAUGGCACUUGGUGAAUGCCAGGGACAGCAGUACGUCGCUGCAAGGAGAUAUGCAGAAUUAUAUCCACAUCGAGCAAGACAUCCACCGGCUAACGUUAUACUUGGAGCAGCUCAACGUUUAUACGAAACUGGAACCGUCUUACCACGAAAAAGAGAUUGUGGUAGACAUCGCAAUGAAAGAAAUUUGCGAAAUGUGGAGACAGUUCUUUGUGCCGUUGAACAAGAGCCCGAAAUUAGUAUUCGGACCAUUGCCCGAGAGCACAAUCUGUCUUACUCUACAAUACAGAAAAUCUUAAGCGAAGAAAAGUUGCACCCUUAUCAUUAUACCCGUGUGCAACAUCUACGAGAAGAAGACUAUCCUCGCAGGAAGAGAUUUUGUGAAAAUUUUCUGAGAAGAGUAAACGAGGAUCCGGAAUUUCCUUCUCGUGUGAUGUUUAGCGACGAGUCGCUAUUCACACAAGAGGGACAUUUUAAUUCUCACAACAUGCAUAUUUGGAACGACGAGAAUCCGCACGUCACUCGACUCAGAAAUUUUCAAGUACAAUGGAAAUUGAACGUCUGGGCAGGAAUUAUGGGUACAAACAUACUGGGCCCAGUUAUUCUGCCAGAUAUUAUAAAUGGCGCAUCGUACAAACAAUUUUUGGAAGAAAAUCUUCCAGAUUUUUUGGAAGAAAUUCCAUUAGCAGACAGGAAUAGAAUUAUAUUCCAACAAGACGGUGCUGGACCCCACAAUGCCAGAGUCGUCACAAAUUAUUUAAAUGAGCAAUUUCCAGGACGCUGGAUGGGCCGAUAUGGUCCAAUACCUUGGCCUGCAAAAUCCCCCGAUCUUAAUCCCUUGGAUUUUUUUUUCUGGGGCUAUUGCAAAGAAAUUAUUUACAGAAGACUUUCUGAAAACAUCGAAGACUUGAAAGACAAACUCCAUCAUGCCGUUUGGGCCAUCGAUAAUGAUAUUUUGGAAAAAAUGCAAAGAAAUUUGCUAAGGCGCAUGAGAGCUUGUGUUACAAUGAACGGUGGUCAUUUUGAACACCUGUUAUGA